AUUUUGAAAAAAAAAAAACAAUCUUUAAGGAAGGUUUGGAUUGCAUAGCCCUCUUUUUGAAGGGUUGUUACAAAUUCUUGAUUGUAAAGUUUCAAUCUUUAGUAUAAAUUGGACUUUUGAUUUGUUCUGACAAACUGCAAAUUUUAUAAUGUAAAAACAUAUCACCCCAAGAUUAUAUAUUUGUAUUGCCUCACAACUUAUCAGUGGUCAAAACCCCAGAAGCUGUUUUCCCCUCAAACCCAAUUUGAAUAUAUCUGUUUCUUAAAUUUGCAGAUUUGAUUUGUGGGAUUUUCUUGAUUUAGCAGGUGAAAUGAAUUAAUCUUUUGUUUCUGAUUUAUGUGGCCCUUUUUUGAUGGAGGUGAUUUUGAGGUAAUCGUUGUUUAGGUUGAGCUUUGAGAUUCCGUUUGUGGAUAAGAAAUGGUGGGAAUUUUUUGUUGAUUAAAGCAAGGAAAGGAAAAAGGAACUAAUAAGAUCUUGCCAGCUUUUGAACACGAGGCUUUAAGUUAUCGGAACGAAGAUCUGCCAACUUAUUGGUGCCGGUGGUCUGUCCUCUGUCGGGUGUUUUGCUCUUGAAUACUGUUUUGCUAUUUCAACAACAAUCUUGAAGUUAAGGAUGCCUUUAGUAAGACCUGCUGCAGUUAUGGGAAGCCAUGGGUGUUGCUCGGUGAAGGAUGCGGAUAUCACCUCUGAAACAUCAAUGUCCAUGUUUGGCUCGGAUGCUACGUGUACCACUCAAUCUUCGAGUGGUGAACUUGAAUAUGAAUUGGAUAGUGAAAGUCAAGACGUGGUUGGCUACGACAGUGACAAGAUGAAACUAAAGCUUCAAGAACUCGAGAAGGUUCUUCUUGAUGAUAAUGCUGCCAAUGAUGACAACCUGAGUAUGGAAAUUGGAGGUGGGUUGUCCGACACCACAUGUUAUGCCUUACAUCACGACUCAACGAUGGAAUCUUCGUCUUCAGAAUCCGUUCUUAGCAUCAUAAGUACCCCUAGGGAGUUAUCAUUCACUACUCCAAAGAGCUUGCUUUUUGAGUGUGCUGCUGCAAUCCAGAACGGGUACUGCCAUGAGGCGUCGCAGAUGAUAGAUGUUCUCCGGCAGAGGGUCUCUAUCCAGGGAGAACCGUCUGAUCGAAUUGCAGCUUACAUGGUGGAGGCACUGGUGGCUCGAAUGGCCACAUCUGGAAGAGGUAUUUACAAAGCUUUGAAAUGCAAAAGCCCGCCCUCAUCUGACCGGCUUUCUGCAAUGCAAGUCCUCUUUGAGGCGUGCCCGUGCUUCAGAUUUGGUUUCAUGGCUGCAAAUGGAGCGAUACUGGAGACGUGUAGAUACGAAACGCGAGUCCACAUUAUCGACUUUGAUAUCAACCAAGGGAGUCAGUAUUAUACACUGCUGCAGACACUGGCCGAGACUCCUGGUAAACGGCCUCAUGUGCGAUUGACGGGCGUGGACGACCCGGAAUCAGUCCAGCGCAGCGUAGGAGGGCUGAAUAUAAUAGGGGAGAGGCUCAUGCAGCACGCCAAAGACUUGCAGCUCUCGUUCGAGUUCCACGCUGUGGCUGCAGAAACGGCUCUGGUUUCCCCAUCAAUGCUGGGCUGCCAGCCAGGCGAAGCAUUGGUCGUGAACUUCGCCUUUCAGCUCCACCACCUGCCUGACGAGAGUGUGUCAACUACGAACCUCCGAGACCAGCUGCUCCGGAUGGUUAAGAGCUUGAGACCAAAGCUUGUCACUCUAGUCGAGCAGGAUGUGAACACAAACACCAGCCCGUUCUUGUUGAGAUUCGCUGAGGCGUAUAAUUACUACUCUGCAGUGUUUGCAUCUCUUGACGCUACUCUUGGAAGGGACAACCAGGACCGGAUAAACGUGGAGAAGCACUGUCUGGCUCGUGAUAUCAUCAACGUCGUUGCAUGUGAAGGAGAAGAGAGGAUAGAGCGGUAUGAGGUAGCCGGGAAAUGGAAAGCGAGGAUGAGCAUGGCUGGUUUCAACCCGCGGCCGAUCAGUGGGAACGUGUACGGUGAGAUCCAGAAGCUCAUAAAACAAUACUCGGACCGGUACAAGGUUAAGCGAGAGACGGGCACGCUCCAUUUCGGGUGGGAGGACAAGAUGUUGAUCCUCAGCUCGGCGUGGACCUGAUGAAUAUUCGCCGAGAUAUCCAAAGGUUUGAUGGCAUAUUUGUAAUGAUAGGUUUGGGCUUCAGUUGUGGAAACAUCUCAAACACAAAACUCUUCCAUCAUUCUCUUUAUGUGGAGUAUUUGUUUUAACUGUU